CACCAAGAAAACACUCCCGACCAUGUCCACCCCCAUCCCCGUCGCACUCAUAGGUCUCGGAGGAGUAGGCCGUUCCAUCCUCUCUCAACUUCUCUCACCAAUUUUAUCCGAAAAAUUCACUUUGGUACUCAUCGCAAACUCCCGUCUUUCCUUAUCUCUCCCACUAGCAGCCCCUCUAACACUCACCAAUCAUUUACCAAUCUUAGAACAACAUGGUACACCAUUAGAUCUACCAUCUAUCAUUUCGAUACUAAGCACUCAUCCUUCCUCUCGAUCAAAAGGAAGUAUUUUAAUAGAUUCCACUGGAUCAGAUUCUUUACCUGGAAUGUAUUCUCAAAUCUUAAGUAUGGGAAUAAACAUUGUCACUCCUAAUAAGAAAGCCGCUUCUGGAUCUUUAUCGUCAUGGGAAAAUAUACAAAAAGUUUGUUGGCCAAUUGGUAAAGCUAUUUAUUAUGGUGAAAGUACAGUAGGAGCUGGAUUACCGAUUUUGAGUACUUUGAAAGAUUUAGUUGAAACGGGUGAUGAGAUACAAAAGAUCGAAGGUGUUUUCAGUGGGACUUUAAGUUAUAUUUUUAAUCAAUUUAGUACUGUUGAAAUUAGUAAUGUGAAGUUUUCAGAGGUGGUGAAGAUCGCAAAGGAAAAAGGAUAUACCGAACCAGAUCCAAGAGAUGAUUUAUCAGGUACAGACGUAGCUCGUAAACUUACGAUCUUAUCAAGACUAGUACCAACUUCUCCAAUUUUAAUCGAAGGUUACGCUUCAGUACCAACUCAAUCUCUGGUUCCUUCAGUAUUGCAGGACGCGAAUACGAAAGAAGAUUAUUUACAAAGGUUAGAAGAAGGUGAUGAGUAUUUUGAUAAAAUUCGUAAAGAAGCGGAAAAUGAAGGGAUGGUAAUUAGGUAUGUUGGGGUGGUUGAUAUUGUUGAAGGAAAAGUAGAAGCAAAAUUGGCAAAAUAUCCAAAAGAUCACGCUUUUGCAACUUCAUUAAAAGGAAGUGAUAAUAUCAUCUCUUUUCAUACCAAACGUUAUUCACCUAGACCACUCAUAAUCCAAGGUGCUGGAGCAGGAGCGGAUGUUACAGCUAUGGGAGUGACUAGUGAUAUGUUGAAGAUAUACGAACGUUUGUGUACUGUACGGAUUUAACUUGUCUUUCUGUUACCUACCCCUUCCACCUUCUUCAUCUUCAUCCAAUCAACCUUAUCCGUGAAACCCACCAUAUUCCUUACUACUCCCAUCAUUUCAACAGAAUACAAUUUCAUCUCUCUCCUCCUUGUUCCUACCCACAUCACAUCAGAAGAAGGAUAAUGUGAGAGAGGAAAGCAACGUGCCAAAUAGACAUUGAACGGAAAUUGAAAAUAUAUGCAUGUGAACAUCUAUGUAUAU